UACCACCUUCCGGCCCGGCCGUCCGGCGAGAUGCGCCGCCUUCCCGCCGCCCCUCCGCGCCCACUCCUCCACCCGCGCAUCUCCCCGGCGCCUUCCUCCCUCGGAAUCCUGCGCCACCAUGAUCGAGUGGCGAUGUCGAGGACCACCCCCGUGGUCUGCUGCUCCUGCUUCCUCCCAAAUCGGAAGCCCGGGACCGAAUCCGACCCCCUCCGAUCCCGGCCGGCCGAUCGGGGCCGGGAGCCCGCAAUGGCGCGGGCAAAUCCCGUGGCCGCGAGCGGCGAGGCGUCCCCGUCGCCGUCGCCGGAGGGCGGCAGGAGCCCGCUGGCCCCGCUCGCCGAGCUGUGGCGCCGGACGGUGCAGCCGCUGGGGGACUACGGGUUCGGCAAGCGCAGCGUGUGGGAGGGCGGCGUGGGGCUCUUCAUGGUCUCCGGGGCCGCCCUGCUGGCGCUCGCCCUCGCCUGGCUCCGCGGCUUCCAACUGCGCUCGCGGUUCCGCAGGUACAGCGCCGUCUUCGAGUUCAGCCAGGCCUGCGGCAUCUGCGUCGGCACGCCCGUCAGGAUUCGCGGGGUCACCGUUGGGAGCGUCGUACGCGUCGACUCCUCGCUCAGGAGCAUUGAUGCCUAUGUUGAGGUUGACGAUGAUAAAAUUAUUGUGCCCCGUAAUUCAUCGGUUGAGGUGAAUCAGUCUGGCCUACUAAUGGAGACAAUGAUUGAUAUUACACCUAAAGAUCCACUCCCUACACCUUCAGUUGGUCCACUUGACACGGACUGUUCCAAAGAAGGUUUGAUUCUCUGUGACAAAGAGAGAAUGAAAGGACAUCAAGGAGUAAGCUUAGAUGCACUGGUUGGAAUAUUUACCCGUCUAGGAAGAGACAUGGAGGAAAUUGGUGUUCAUAAAAGCUUCAAGUUGGCCGAGAAGGUUGCAUCCAUAAUGGAAGAAGCACAACCUCUCCUUUCAAGGAUUGAAGCCUUAGCUGAAGAAGCUCAACCUUUGCUUUCGGAGGUGCGUGAUAGUGAUCUGGUGAAGGAUGUGGAGACUAUAGCUAAAGGUCUGGCUGAUGCAUCCGGUGAUUUAAGAAAGUUGAAGUCUUCCAUGCUUACCCCUGAGAACAGUGAUCUAAUCAAGCAGUCUAUCUUCACCCUUAUCUUUACUCUGAAGAACAUUGAGAGUAUCAGCUCGGACAUCUCUGGUUUCACUGGCGACGAGGCGACACGACAGAACAUCAAGCUGCUGAUCAAGUCCCUUAGCAGACUGUUGUGACCCCUGAGCUGAACAAAGCAGAGUUAUGUGUGUGUCGAUAAGAAUCGAGAUAGAAAGGUAUCGCGCAAGUAGGCCGUCCAGAUGGAGACUGAAGCAUCUUUAAGAGAUGAAGCUAGUAUAUGUCCCGUCUUUCAUGAUUCUUUUUCUGCAUUCUUGACAUAAGAAGCAUCGCUGAUUGAUUGUUGUUGUCCAGUCAUCUAGCUAGGCCCAUUUUUGUUUUGUGCAGCACGGUUGUGGUUGAUCAAGUGUAAACAAGGAAUACACUACUAUUAUUGUUUUUUCUUUU